AUGGCUGCUUUGAGUUGCGCUCAGCUGAGCCAACCUCGGCCUGCAGCUUUGCCGCCUUGGCCACCCUGCGUGCAGUGCGGUCGCAGCGUGCCUCACAAAGUCUGGACAGGGGAAGGAGGUGAUGGCUGUUUUGUGGCAGCUGCCACAGCCACGGCCUCUGCCAUCGCUGUCGAGCGCUGUCGGUCGCCAUCACGGCGCAUGUCAGCACAGCGAGGGCCGUUGAAGCUCUAUGCCGAGCGGCGUGCUGAGCGGCGUACACCAGAACCGAAGGGCACACCCCGAGCUCGGCGCUACACUUCUGUAGAUUGGGUCGCUAACCUGCGCGGUCUGUGGUCGUCAAAUCUUCUGCGUCGAAUCCUAAGCCCAGUGCUUUGCACAACCGGAGUGGCUGUGUUGGUCUGCCUGGCACACGGCUAUCUCCUCCCGAAGGGGAAGUUCUGGCAUGCAAGCACCACGGGCCACGCACUGUUGGUCUCUGCUCUGGGGCUCUUGCUUGUCUUCCGUACAAACACGGCAUACUCGCGCUUCUGGGAGGGCCGGCAAAUUUGGCAACGAAUCCUGGACCUGGGAAGGGAUGUCUCGCGCUACGCCAUCAUCUUUCGGCAGGAGAUGGGUCCACAAACGUCAGCUCAUGUUUGCCGACUGGUCCAGGCAUUUCCUUACUGCAUGAUUGAGCACCUGCGUGGCAAGAAGGAUCGUGCCAUGCGCUCCAAGCUAGAACGGCUGAUUGGCCCGAAAGGCGAACUGGCGAGCAACGUCCAGCACGACUACACUCUGCCAAUGUCCUCCAACAGGCCUCUCUUCAUCGUUAACCAGUUGGCACAUGCUGUCCGCUCUGUCCCCAAUGGUGAAGGAGCACAGGCGAUGUACACCAACCGGGAACGGUCCCAAUUGUUGCAGAAUCUGGAGAAGCUCAGUUCUACAAUUGGAGCUUGUGAGCGCCUGGUACAGACGCCAGUCCCCCUCAGCUAUGUGCGUCACACAUCGCGCUUCCUGUCAUUGUUCAUGCUCACGCUGCCAUUUGCAUUGGUAGACGUCCUGGGUCCGUACACUGUCCCAGUCACCUGCUUUGCAAGUUGGGCCUUGUUUGGAAUCUUCGAGAUCGGUCUCGUCAUUGAGGACCCCUUCCAGGGUGUGCUGAAGGUCGAGGUGAUUGCCGACACUUUACAGGUGGACAUUGAGGAGUCCAUUCGCAGCUUGGGGGCGCAGGACCUGCUAGAAGCUGGUGCACUUGGUGUCGAGACCCCGAAGAAGGAUAAGAAGUCACGCAGUGACUCUAGCUACGAAUCUUCGCGGGUUCUGCCUUCGACCGGAGAAGAGCUCUCAGUCGCCCGUGCGGCUGAUCAGGCCGAGUCGGAAGAAACCAAGAAGGAACGGGCGCAGGGCAGACGGCCAAGGCUGACCAUGCGAGACGUGGAUCCGGGGGACUGGUCCAGAGCAAGGGAACAGGUCCUCCUGCAGAUCUUCCAGUCCUAUGACAUGAAUGGUGACAAGGCCAUCGACAAAGCGGAAAUGGAGAAGGUGCUGGCAGACACAGAUCUUGAGAUCGACAUCGAGCGCAUCGAAGCAAUCUUUGACGAGGCGGACAUGGACCAUGAUGGCAUCCUGACUCAGGCGGAAUGGGUUGAAUGGGCAGAAGAGUGCUUCGAGAAAGCAGAGAUCGCCAACUUGGUGUUGCGAAUGCCUUCCUCGCCUCUUCUGCCUGCUGACACCCAGGAUGAUACCUGGGAUGAGAAGGGAGAAGAGGAUGAUGAAGCUGAGCAUGCUGAGCCGGAAAGGCCUGAGGAAGAGGAGUUGGAGCCGCCUGCGGCAGUGCAAUGGGAGCCAAAACUGCCUGAGCGGGUACCCGACAAAGAGCUGGCCGAGUUCCUGCUGCGGACAGCUGACAGCGCUGAGAAGCUCGAGGUUGACGCCUUGAAGAAGGCUGAGCCUGAACUUUGCAAACGUGCAACACGGUUUCAGGCUAGCCGUCAGGUGGCCGACGGCCACUUUACAGCUGACGUUAUUUCUCCUGAGGGUGUGUGUGGCCUAGGCUACACGACCUUGUACACAAUCCCGAGCGCAGACGUGAUCGGGCUGCAAAGCCGUGCCUCGUGGAUGUUUCAAGUUUCAUACAACGAGGUCCCUGAGAAGCGUCCUGUUCUACCCCCUCCGCCCACGCCAGCACCCACGCCUGUGGAACGUCGUGCCAAAGAUGAGGACGUUGACAAGGAGAUUCGAUUUGUUUGGUGCAGGCAAAAUCCUGCCGCUGCCUUGCUGGACUCACAGCUCCGCCUCCUCUAUUACGGUGCCACUGCCGCUGCUGUGGAGGGAGGAGUCCCGACUGUUGCCACCCCUUCGGAGAACGACGGUGAUGAUCCAUUGUCGAGGAGUCACGACAAAGAUCCGCGGGCGUUUCAAGAUGUCAAAGCACCGGUAUUUGAGGAAUGCCACGGCUCCGAGUCUUCCUGCGCGAGCGCUGAGUCGCUGCCAGCGCAUCCAGUGCUGCCUGUGUGUCCGAAAAGGGAGUUCAUGAAGACCCUGGCCGACAAGCGCCGCGCAGAGAAAAGGGAGGAGGAAGAGGAGCGCAGCCGCCAACAGUUCGCUCGAGCGCAGGACCGCUUGUCUGAGCUCCUGCCGCUGUCAAUCCGAAUCCGGCGCUGGGCGAAAGCGGGAGUCUUGUGCUUCUUUGCAACCGCUUCGCGAUCCACAGGUCUGCUAGUCCAGGGCUAUGGGUCUGCGAUACCGUCAAGGAGCUCCAAGGCUCCAGGCGUUGGCUCCUCCGCCGUCCUUCAAGCCUCUCGGGAGGUGGAGAAUGGCGCGGCUCAGCAGGAGGAUGUGGACACAAGGCCAGCUCGCCUCCGCCUGCAAGAUGAGCAGGUGUUGACGCUGAGAGCAAGUGCGCGUCGUAGAGCGGAGUGGGCACGGAUGCGGUUGGGACAGACAGCUGGCAAGGCCGAAGCUUCGCAGGAGGCGCCGCUGCCAAAGCCAGCAAGUUGGAAUGACAAUCAGCGCAAGGAGGAAGUUACUCGGGAGCGUAACCGCUUGUUCCAAAGACUGGAGGCAAAGCGGGCACGAGACUUGGAAGAGGCGACGCAACGCGCCACGCUGACAGAGCGGCGACAAAGUCUUCGACGUCAGAAGCUAGAGCGUGCUGCCACUAAAAAGGAGCAGCAGCGUGUCCAGCGCAUGCUGGAGCUUCGUGGGGAGGAGCGUCUUCCUACCCUGCAGCAGGCGCGGUCAAUGACAGUCCUGCAGCUGCGGGACUUGCUAUGGAAAGCUGGCUUCCCGGCCAAAGGACUGCCGUCAGCAGCUGACGUGAGGGAGCUUUCUGCAGAGGAGUUGAAGGCACGUCUUCAAAAAGUGAAGGUGCAAUUCCUCGAUCUGAUUGGUCCCGUCCUGCCCAAGGCUGAAGAGCCUUCGGAAGACGAUGGAAAGAGUGAGCGGGGCGGUUAA